AUGAUGUUCAAUUCAACAAAAACACGUCAAAAUACGAUAAUUCAAGAAAUUUUCAACGAAACCAAACAAUUAUGCAAUCUCGCCAUUCCAAUUAUCCUAACAGCUCUAAUCUUCUACUCUCGCUCGAUCAUUUCAAUGUUGUUCCUCGGUCGUCUAGGCAAUAUCGAACUCGCGGCUGGAUCGCUGGCGAUCGCGUUUGCGAAUAUAACCGGGUAUUCUGUUUUAUCGGGUUUGGCACUCGGUAUGGAGCCUCUUUGUUCUCAAGCAUUCGGGUCACAAAGACCUAAGCUUCUUUCUUUAACUCUUCAUCGCUCGGUUCUUUUUCUUCUCAUAUCAACUAUCCCCAUUUUCUUUCUAUGGGUUAACUUGACCCGAAUUUUGUUUUAUCUACAUCAGGAUCCGAAUAUAACCCGUUUAGCUCAAACAUAUCUCAUCUUCACUCUCCCGGAUUUAUUCACAAAUUCUCUAAUCCAUCCAAUACGCAUUUACCUUCGAGCACAAACCAUCACUCGACCGGUAACUUUAGCAUCUCUAACCGGCACGGUUUUCCAAUUGGUUCUUACUUUAACCGUAAUUCGACUCCGGCUCGACUUGGGUGUAGCCGGAGUCGCGGCGGUUUCCUCCGCAUCAAACCUUAUCAUGUUGUUAACGCUCGUUUUCUACGUUUGGGUAUCGGGUUUACAUUUACCCACAUGGGAAAACCCGACCCGAGAAUGUUUAACCGGGUGGGAACCGUUGGUUCGUUUAGCCGCUCCGAGUUGCGUAUCGGUUUGCCUCGAAUGGUGGUGGUACGAGAUUAUGACUUUACUUUGCGGUAUUCUCGUUGACCCGGAAGCUAGUGUAGCAUCCAUGGGCGUCCUUAUACAAACUACCUCAUUUAUUUACAUUUUCCCUUCUUCUCUAAGUUUUGCGGUUUCGACCCGGGUCGGAAACGAACUCGGGUCGAAUCAACCCGUUAAGGCCAGGUUAUCAGCUACGGUUUCGAUAUUUAUGGCGGCGGUUAUUGGGCUAACCGCAAUGGGUUUUGCAUGGACGGUUAGGUAUAGUUGGGCCGGGAUGUUUACAAAUGAUGUUGAGAUUGUAGGGCUGACGUCAGCCGCGUUACCGAUAUUAGGGUUAUGUGAACUUGGUAAUUGCCCGCAAACGGUCGGGUGUGGGGUGGUAAGAGGUAUGGCCCGCCCGACUACAGCUGCUAACGUGAACCUGGGUGCAUUUUAUCUUGUGGGUAUGCCCGUAGCUGUGGGUGUCGGGUUUGGGUUUGGAUAUGGAUUUAUCGGACUUUGGGUUGGGCUGUUUUCGGCCCAGAUUUGUUGUGCUGGGCUUAUGUUAUAUGUGGUUGGUUCGACGGAUUGGAAUUAUCAAGCGGAGAGAGCUCAGAUGCUAACAUGUAACGAUCGUACGGUGGUGAAAGAAAGUUUGAUUACGACUCAUGAAUGCAUCUUUGAAAAGGAGCCGUUGAUCUGCGUUAAUGUGGUGUCCUAA